UCGGGCAACCAAAACAUGUGGAGCCGUGGAGGCCAUCGACCGACGACUUUGAUUCCCAAUCAUUUCCAAAUCCGGACAAAUCUUCCGUUUCAAUCCAGAUUACCAGAAGAUUUCUGAUUGCCACGCCUCAAAUUCCCAAAUCCUUAUCCGAUCCUCGUUCUCCUCCUCGCCGCCGCCGUCUUCUCACAAUUUGGGGGUCCGAUUUCACUUGCGCUUGACGUUCGUGGGGUGGGAUUCCUAUGGCUGUGCUCCUGGAGGAGAUUGUGAAGUCCGUUGAGUUGUGGUUGAGGCUGAUCAAGAAGCCCCAGCCGUACGUCGAUCCCAACCUCGAUCCGGUUCUUCUGAUUCCCGGAGUUGCAGGGUCGAUUUUGAAUGCGGUAAAUGAGGACACCGGCAGGGAGGAGCGUGUUUGGGUCAGGAUUUUAGGGGCCGAUUCUAAGUUCCGAACUGAGCUCUGGUCUUUUUACGAUUCCGCUUCUGGUGAGUCUGUAUGUUUUGAUCCGAAGACCAAAAUUAGAGUUCCUGAUGAGAGAAGUGGAUUGUAUGCAAUAGAUAUUUUGGACCCUGACCUGAUGAUCGGAUGCGAUUCUAUAUACUAUUUCCAUGACAUGAUUGUUGAAAUGACCAAGUGGGGUUUUCAAGAAGGAAAAACUCUUUUUGGAUUUGGAUACGAUUUUCGGCAAAGUAACAGGUUGCCAGAAUCAUUGGAUCGUUUAGCUGCUAAACUGGAGGCAGUAUUUAGUGCUUCAGGAGGGAAAAAGAUUAAUAUUAUAAGUCACUCUAUGGGUGGUCUUUUAGUGAAAUGCUUCAUGUGCCUGCGCAGCGAAAUCUUUGAGAAGUAUGUGCAGAAUUGGAUUGCAAUUGCUGCUCCAUUCCAGGGUGCACCUGGAUAUGUUACAUCUACCUUUGUGAAUGGAAUGUCAUUUGUCAACGGAUGGAAACAGAACUUCUUUAUAUCAAAGUGGAGCAUGCACCAACUGCUUAUUGAAUGUCCAUCCAUUUACGAACUAAUGGGUUCUCCGGACUUUAAUUGGCAACAUAUUCCUCUUCUAGAAAUCUGGAGACAGAAACAUGAUGACGAUGGGAACCCUCACAAUGUGUUGGAAUCUUACCUGCUUAAAGAAAGUGUUGAAAUACUGACAGAAUCUCUUUCAACAAACGCGAUUCUUCAUGAUGGAUUGACUAUUCCCCUGCCAUUUAAUUUGGAGAUUUUGAAAUGGGCAAACGAGACACGGGAAGUUUUAAAGAAUGCUAAACUUCCUUCUCAGGUUAAGUUUUACAAUAUAUAUGCGACGGGUCUUGAGACACCACAUACUGUUUGCUAUGGAGAUGCGGAAAAGCCAGUUGCUGAUUUACAUAAUCUACGAUAUAUUGAGCCCAAUUAUAUUUAUGUUGAUGGUGAUGGCACGGUUCCUGUGGAGUCGGCAAAGGCUGAUGGACUCGAUGCAGUAGCACGGAUCGGGGUGCCCGGUGAGCACCAGCGGGUUCUUAGAGACCACCGCGUCUUCCGGAGGCUCAAGCACUGGCUCAAGGCAGGUGAUCCUGAUCCCUUCUAUGACCCGCUAAACGACUAUGUGAUCUUGCCAACAGCUUUCGAGGUCGAAAGUCAUGUGGAGAAAGGUUUGCAAGUAGCAGCUCUGAAAGAGGAAUGGGAAAUCAUCUCCCAUGACCAAAAUAAGACAGAUGAGUUAUGUAAUGACAAGCCAUUGGUGAGUUCCAUUAUGCUAUCUCGAGUUACUGAGGAUUGCCCGUCCUCGAGGGCCGAGGCUUGCGCAACUGUUGUAGUUCAUCCCCAGCAAGACGGUAAGCAGCACGUCGAACUGAAUGCUGUUAGUGUAUCAGUUGAUGCAUGAAAGUGGCGCGGCCUGUUCUUCCAAACCCGACUGCAAUCAGCCUCAUGAGCAUUUGCCAUUGAUGCCGUUUGAUCGAAUAUCUGUACAGUCAUUAUCACUUGUUUAUGUGGUGAGAAAUGUAUAUUAAAAUUUAGAUUUUCUUUUAUUUUUUAUUAUUUUUUUAUGUAUAUAGAAGAGACAUAACUAAAUGAUCGUUUCCUUGCAGUGCUUUAAUAAUGGGAGAAUUUAAUCAUGUAAAUAGAAAUAUAAAUGAUUUAGUUGUUUGUUUGUUAUUUA